CCGUCGAACACUCCAUCUAUCCGCUUCGAUCUCUUCCUCUCUCUCGACUUCGUGUCAAUCGGUUUGCUCGGCUCGGCUCGCUUCCUCGACUUCGUGCCAAGAACCGCAGGAGCGGGAGGCCGAUCGGAGCCUAAGCGGGGCUCGCGCCAGGAGCUGGCUAACCACAAGCAGGGAGCGGCGGCGGCGCGCGAGGCGUCGGCGUCGUCGGCGGAGCUGGCAGAGCUGGACGGUGCCAGGGAGCCAGACGAGCGGGACGCCAACUUCCUGGUGCUGAGGCUGUACGAGGCGCUCAACUUCGGGGACGCGCGCAGGGCGCAGGAGCUGCUCGCGCCGGACCUCGAGUGGUGGUUCCAUGGGCCGCCGGCGCACCAGCACAUGAUGCGCCUCCUCACCGGCGCCGACCGCGGCAAGGCAAGGUUCCUCUUCGUCCCGCGCUCCGUCGAAGCCUUUGGCUCCACCGUCAUCGCCGAGGGCACCGACGACUCCCGCCAGCUCUACUGGGUGCACGCCUGGACCGUCGGCCCCGAUGGGGUAAUCACCCAGCUCAGGGAGUACUUCAACACCGACCUCACCGUCACCCGUCUCUCCGCCUCCGCCGCCAAGAACACCGCCAUUUCCUCCUCCGCCGCCCCGGCGCCGGCGAAGCCCAAGUGCCUGUGGCAGAGCCGCCGCGCCGACAGCGCGCACAAGUCGCUGCCGGGCCUCGUCCUCGCCAUCUAAGACCAAAUCCCAGAACGCAUCAAGAACUCACGCGCAAGCUUCCCUAAAAUUAAUCACAUAAAAAAACACUUAUCAUAGUGAUUAGCUAAAUAAAUAAACCGGAAGCGCACGCACUGAGUGAAGUUCGCUAGCUAGUUUAUUGCUUUUAUGGGCUGAGUUGCAUCGGGUUUGCGCGAUUAAUCCCACUACCUCCUCCGCCGCACUAGCCAGUUAAGUAGUGUUGCUUACUUGCUUUGCCUGCUUGUCUAAAAUCUGAAUCAGCAGUGUGACCAGUAGCAGCAGUUAGCUUUGGUCCAAGUCAUUAUGGGAUAUGGUGUGUACUACCUCUUCCACGGUAAAGCUAAACCGUGGCUGAAUAUGAAUUAUUGUCUGUUGUGGUUUCAUAAAAAGCAGCUUGUGUUGUUGGACUCUCAAA